AUGAGCGGUAGAGAUUUUAAAGCUUUCGUUGCAAGUGCUAGAUCAAGCGAUGAAGUCAGUUUUGAAUACAGUAUGAAAUAUAAACCGGUUAACUAUGAAAAAUUGCUCCAAAUAACUGAAAGAAAAAAGAAUAACGCAAACAGAGAGUUACAAAAAUUAUCGGAAUUUAAAAAGAAAAAAUUAGAGCAUAAGGAUAGAAAUUUAUUACAAAAACAUCAGCGAUUUUGGGUAGAGUAUUAUCAUCACUUAGAGAAAGAAAGGAAACGCCUUCAAAUCGAGGUAGAAAUUGCUUGGUCUGAUGUCUCAAAAAAUAGAAUAAAACUACAAGCAAAAGAAACCUCUCAAAGCUUACAACAUGAACAAGAAAUGAUACAAUUAGAAUUAAAAAUGCCAUCAGAAUCUGCUGAAGCGCCUGAUGUAAAAAAUCAGUAUUCCGAUAUCGGAAUACCUGAAGAAGCUAUGCUUAUGGAAUGGCCAAAUAAGAGCUUAAAAGAGGCAAUUUUACAAGAAUUCUUAAGCCUAGACAACCAGUACAAAGAGCGAUUAAACCAAUUAAAGGAACAACAUCAGCAAAUUUUAAAAUCAAGGUUAGGCGAUUGGUCAGAAGAGAAUCACUUGCAAUUCGUAAUGCUUCGAGAGCAAUAUCCGACAACCAUGAGAAAUAGAAGAAAGUUGCUCCUAGAUCGGAUAAAGCGUCAGUUACCGACUAUAUCCGUUUUAGAAUUUGAUAAACAUGAGCGUUGGUGGAUCGAAUAUAACUGGUAUCAUGAACGGCGAACUGAACUGCUACAUAGCUGGUCUCGAUCGCGUAAUGAAUUAUUAAUUAAAAGCAAAGCUCUACUAGCUGAUGCUUGGUCAAAUAAUGAAGUAAUUAAAGCCAAGGAAGUGGCAAUAAGACAGCAAGAACGUCUUUGUCAAGAAUUACACCAAAAAGUUACGAUAUGGCGUGAACAAAAAUUAGAGCUGCUAAAAUUAGAAGAAGAAAUGGCUACGAAAUUAAGGGAGAAUGAAGCCGCUAAACUUGCAGCUGAAGUAGAACAAGAACAAAGAAAACGCUUAGCUGCCAAGGAUAAAGUAACUGCUUAUAAGAAAGAUUUAGAAAAAAAACGUCGAGAGCAAGAGGAAGCUGAUAAAAUGAGAUUAACUGAAUUAAGAAAGAUUUUGGCUGAACAAGCAGUAAAGGAUAAAGCUAGAAUUGAGUAUCGUAAGGAAGAGCAUCGAAAGAAAAUAGAAGACAGGCGUUUAGCUAAAGAAGAGGUUAUUAGGCAAGAAAUUGAGAAAGAGGCAAGACUGGAUAGGCUUCGACAGAAGGUUGAAGUCCAUGUAGAAAAUGAUCCACUGCGCUUAUUGCAGCCUACUGAGGCCUAUAAUGCUAAGACAGCAUAUGCACAACAAGAAUCCGAACUUCAAGAUCCAAUAUUUUCAGUUUAUGGCUAUACGGAUGAUAAAAUUUUAUCCGAUCCUCGUUAUAAAGUAGAGGCAGCAUUGCGAACAGCUGGUCUCCUAAAAUCAGAUUACGCGAGAAUGGUCCUAUCGACAGUAACACCUCUACAACCGCCAAGACCAGAUCAAGAAACAACUAUGUUUCAUCCUUCAUUUAAGUCCAUAUAA